CCGCUCGGCGCGGGGUGCCCGGCGCGGGGUGCCCGGCGUGGGGUGCCCGGCGCGGGGACGGGCGCGCCCUGCCUCCGCCCCCGGGCCUCACGCGGAUCCGGGGAAUGAAUGGGGGGCGGGCGCGUGAGGGAAACUUUCCAAGCCAGCCUCUCCCCGGCGGGCGAGGGGUCGUCCCCUGCGAGCCGGAGCGUCCCCCGCAGGCCCCAACCCUGCGGCGCCACAGCUGGCCGGAGGGCAGGUCUCAGGGCCCCUAAAUGUCUGAGCAGGCAUCCGGGGCCCCGGUCAGGGACGAGGUCCUGGGGUCGAGCAGAUGCCCCCGCCCGAGGGUGGGGAGUUUUGUUUGAGAAAGAACAGCUCCUCUGAAGGGAGGGCAGCGCUCCCCCAUUCCCCCCCAACGCCCCCAGCACGGCCUCGAGCUCCCGGGUGGGUCCAGCCGCCUCCCCUGCUUUCCUGGGGGGGUCUACGAUCGGAAAGGGGUGUAGACCUGAUCAGAGAUGCCCGCCUUAUGCCACCCCAGUUUUGCCCCCAGCCAGAGAGCUCAGACAGCCCUGCACUUAGGCCCCGGGGGCCCAGACCGAUGCCUGAGGCUGGAAGCAGGAGGGAUGCGGGUGCAGAGGCCUCUGCGAGCGGUUGGGUGGGGGCUGGAGGGCUUGCGGACAGUCCUGGAGGCAGUCGCGGUGUAUACAGUGAGUCUGGCUGUGGAGGCGGAGGUUGAGAGGCGCCCCUGAGCCCAGCAUGUCCUUAGCGUACCCCCGAGGUUCCAGUCAGCUCCUGUCCCCUGUGGGGGUCUCGAGGGUGGUGGGACUGUCACUUUAGGAUCUGGCAGAAGGUUAAGAAGGGGCUUCUCAGACUCCCUCCCAAGACCCAGCACUGGAGCGCAGAGCAGGGGUUUGAGUUCCCCUGGGCCCCCUGGGUUUUCACUGGCCAGCCUUUUGGAACCUCAGGCAGGCCAUUUCCGCCAGUCCAGCCACAGGGUUAGCUGUCUUCAUGUCUGAGGCCUCAAGGCCAUGAAGAGGGGGCGGCCCCUGGGGGAUCUGACAGAGCCCUUGCUGGGAGGCCCUAGGGACUGUCCUGCUCCCAGAGCGGGGGUCUCUGUCUGCCCCGCUGUGCUUCGCUGCACAGGGCUGUGCCUCCCUCCUCUUGCGAAGCCGGCCACUUCUGCCCCCCCCAUCAUUGGAUUGUGCAAACACUAAAGGAUCCUCUGCACUCCCACCCCCAGUGAGGGGCCACUUCCUACUCCCCCCCAGCAAUGACCUGGACCUUCCCCUGCAGAUUGCAGGCUGGGGGGAAGGGCCUUCCUCCUCUGCCACCUGGGCCUAGGAACUGCUGCUGCUGGGCUGUGUGGGCCUGGGGGGUGGCCUGAGGCUCCCGGCCUCCUGACGGAAGAGGCCGUCCUUGACAGGAGACAAGAGAUGAAGUGGGAGGCAGGGAAGAGCUCAGCCUAUGACACUCGGCUGCGCCAGAGGGUGGCGGUGAAGAAGCUGUCGCGCCCCUUCCAGUCUCUGAUCCACGCGAGAAGGACAUACCGUGAGCUGCGGCUGCUCAAGCACCUGAAGCACGAGAACGUCAUCGGGCUGCUGGACGUGUUCACACCGGCCACCUCCAUCGAGGACUUCAGCGAAGUGUACCUGGUGACCACGCUGAUGGGCGCCGACCUGAAUAACAUCGUCAAGUGCCAGGCGCUGAGCGACGAGCACGUUCAGUUCCUCGUGUACCAGCUGCUGCGCGGGCUGAAGUACAUCCACUCGGCGGGGAUCAUCCACCGGGACCUGAAGCCCAGCAAUGUGGCCGUGAACGAGGACUGCGAGCUGCGGAUCCUGGACUUCGGGCUCGCGCGCCAGGCCGACGAGGAGAUGACUGGCUACGUGGCCACUCGCUGGUACCGUGCCCCCGAGAUCAUGCUGAACUGGAUGCAUUACAACCAGACAGUGGACAUCUGGUCUGUGGGCUGCAUCAUGGCCGAGCUGCUCCAGGGAAAGGCCCUCUUCCCAGGAAAUGACUACAUCGACCAGCUGAAGCGCAUCAUGGAGGUGGUGGGCACACCCAGCCCUGAGGUUCUAGCGAAGAUAUCCUCGGAACACGCCCGGGCGUACAUCCAGUCGCUGCCCCCCGUGCCCCAGAAGGAUCUCAGGAGCAUCUUCCGUGGCGCCAACCCCCUGGCUGUGGACCUCCUGGGAAGGAUGCUGGUGCUGGACAGUGACCAGAGGGUCAGCGCGGCCGAGGCCCUGUCGCACGCCUACUUCAGCCAGUACCACGACCCGGAGGAUGAGCCGGAAGCAGAGCCCUACGAUGAGAGCAUCGAGGCCAAGGAGCGCACGGCGGAGGAGUGGAAGGAGCUCACCUACCAGGAGGUCCUCAGCUUCAAGCCCCCGGAGCCACCGCGGCCACCUGGCAGCCUGGAGGUUGAGCAGUGAGGCGACCUCAAGGCAGGGCCUGAGCCGGCCUGCCCCCUCCCUCAGCCUGCCUCCCAGGACCCCUUGUCUAUGCGACACUCCUUGGGGCAAGUUUGCACGCUUGGAUGCUCAUGUGUGAGCCACCGACGUGGGAGUCUGGGCAGAGCUGUCAGGACUUCCUUGGUCCCCGACCCGCUCCCAGCAACCUGAGUCUCCCUCGGGACCUCACUGUGGGGGACCUGGGUGCCCUAGCACCCCCCGGGGAUGGUGUCUGUUUCCAGUCUCCUGAGCCGAAGAGGGCUGUCGCAUGGUCGGCGGGGCGGGGGGGGUGGUGCUUUGGGGCCCAGCCUCCUGGAGACAAAAGUCUGGGUGGUCAGAGCCGCUCAGCGGGAAGGGGCUGCCCUGCAAAGUGCUGAGCCGAAUCUUCCCUGGGGGGCAGGUGGGGACAGCUGCCUGGAGCCAUGUGUUCACCUGUGCUAUCUUGGGCACACCUGGGAUUCACAUGUCAAAGCAGAUGCAGGCAUGUGUGGACCUGAGGGCAUCCAAAGGCCAGCGACCAUGACCAGCAGGAGGCCCAAGUUGGGGCGGCAGUGGCAGUGGCUCACUAUUGCCCACCCCCCCAGGUCCUGGGGUGGGAGCCGUGCUGCCGGCCAGGGGCGAGGUGACCAGGGUCAGCCAUGUGAGCAAAAGGAUCCUGUCUCCUUGGGCAUGGGAUCUGCAGCAGGUUCCAGAGGCCCGAGGGCACCAUGCCAGCUGGGGGGCUGGCAGGCCUGGGGGCUCCAGCAUGGAGGACCCACACUCUGGUAUGGACUCGGAUCCUGGCCCCUGGCCCAGAGCUCCUGAAGAAAACCUCUGCCCGCUCUACGUCUGCAGGGCAGCCCUGUCUUGCCCCUCCAGGGUGCAGCUGACCUCCAGCCUCUGCUCGAAAUGCACUGGGGGUGCAGGUCCUCCCUCAAGGGGCUUCUCUGUCAGGCGGGCUGGGGGGUGACCCCUGGCCUUGCGGGAUCAGGGAGAUCUGAAUGUCAAGUGCCUGCCCCAGGGUUUCACAAUAAAAGGGGUCCUCUCUCGCUCA